AUGUCGACUCUUUGUCGGUUCGUUUUACCAUCACCAUUGUCUACAGUUGAAGAAGCAUGUGUAUCAGAAUUCAAUGAAUAUAAAAAACGUAUGAAAGAAAUUGCACAUAAUAAAUCAUCAAAUAAACGAUUUGCUAGUACAACUGGAGGACUAACAACAAAUUCAACGAACUCUCAUGAUUCAUCGCAUCAUCAAAAAGAUGCAAUACGAAAUCCUGAGCAAGCCAAAGAGGCAGCAAAAAAACUUGUACAAAGUGGUAUUAUUAAAGUUCAAGCACAAGGUAAAGACCAAGGAUUUAAACGUGCAACAUCUACUAAUGCUGGUCAAGAGCGUUUGGUUAAAAAAAUGACUUUAACGCCUAAUUCAUCAUCACCGUCAUCAUCAAUAUCAAAUCAGACGAAUCCAUUUCAAUCAGUUCCAUUUGUUAGUCCGUCUUCGACACCAAAAUUUGUAAAUACUAAUUCUCACGAAGGCAAACGACGUGUUGUAAAUUAUGAUGAUACAGACAAUUACUAG